AUGGAUGUUUGCAGAUUAGAUGUCAGUGGUCUGAGUACCACUUGCCCUAGAAGAUGCAGCUGUGACUCUGCCCAGUCAGUGCAAUGCUACAGAACCACAGAGAUCCCCAGAGAGAUUCCUUCCGCUACCAAGAGACUCUACGUCAGCCACGGCAAAAUUAAACAACUUCAGAUUACUGACUUCAAAAGAAUGUCAGCCCUUGAAGAGCUGGUCCUGUCGUGCAGUGGAACAGAAUCAAUAGAAAACAAUACUUUCCAAACUCUGAGCACCCUGAAGUCCCUGGAACUCUACAAAAAUCAGCUGAAGCAUAUACCCACGUUACUCCCAUCUGGCCUUGAAAUUUUAAAACUUGGUGAUAACUCCAUCAACUCUCUGCAUGCAUCUGAUUUUGAAGGUCUGAGGAAACUAAGGGUGCUUGAUAUUCGGAAUAACUUGAUUGUGACUCUGCCUCUGAGUGCAUUUUCUUCCCUUUGUAAUUUACAAAGUCUGGUUCUGGAUGGCAACAACAUGGAAUCUAAUCUACAGUUUCUCAGCCUAAGCGGCAACUUUCUAACAAAAGUGCCUCUUGACCUGCCUAAGUCCUUGCUAUCACUCAAAUUAGAGAAAAACCGACUCAAAACAAUAAGACUUCGGGACAUGAAACACCUCGAAAACCUGUCUGAGUUCUUCCUUUCAGAAAAUCAGCUUUCAUCAAUAGAUGGUGCCCAGCUUCUUCCUAACUUAACAACAUUGGAGCUGUCUAAGAACCAGCUCCACACUAUGCCACUCAGGCUCCCAGGCAGACUGCAGAAACUGGACUGCAGCAAUAACCUGAUUCAAAGGGUGACAGCACAGGACUUCCAAGGAUUACAAGACCUGAAACACUUGUUUCUUGACAACAAUGCUGUUCACAUGUUUGAGGCAGGAGCUCUUCAGCAGUGCGCACAGCUUUCUAACCUGGCACUGGAACAGAAUCUCCUGAUCUCUAUUCCACUGAGACUUCCAGAUACCCUUGCUAGAUUGGAUCUAAAGGGAAAUGGAAUAGAAGAUGUUGGAGAACAAGAGCUGAAGGACUUGAAACAGCUUCAGGUUUUAAAUUUACGGAACAACAAGAUAUCCGCCUUGGAUCGCAAAGUCGUAGAGUAUUUACCUCGCCUCCGGCACCUAUAUUUAGAUGGUAACCCUUGGAAUUGCACUUGUGACCUUCUCAGAACCAGAAGAGCACUCAUGGCCAAAGGAACGGAUGUCAGAGGAGGGCAGUGUGCAGCACCAGCUGAAAGCCGAGGAGAAAGCUGGAUGUCUUCCAAAAAGAUUCUGCAGCAGUGUCAAGACAAUCUGUCUUCCAUGGAAAAAGGCAAAGAAGACAGAAAGAAAAUGAAACCCCAAGACACCUCCAGCAUCACAGUAAACACAGAUGAUGAUUACUAUGAUUAUGAACUAGAUUAA